AUGGAGAAAUCUACUAGAGUCCACAAAGCAACGGGAAGAUGUUCAAUAUCAUCGGCAUACAACAUUGCGAUCAAGGAUACUGACCACGUUACUACUGAUAACUGGAAAGAAAUUUGGAGAAUUAAGGUUCCCAACAAAAUUUGUAGGUUUAUCUGGAUGGCCAAACAUAAAUGGCUCAUGACAAACAUUGAGAGGAAGCGCAGAGGGUUCACUAUAGAUGCAAGAUGCCCCAACUGCGAUGCACUGGAGGAAGACGUUCAGCACUGCAUCCGUGACUGCACCAAAGCGAUGGAAAUCUGGGAAGAAAACUGGAAGGAUAUAACAGAGAUAAUUGGAGAGAGCUCUUCACGCUUACGGCCUGGUGGAUUUGGAAGUGGAGAUACACCAACGUAUUUAGGGAGGAAUACUGAGACCUAUAAGGAAAUGGUGAAUGCUUUUGCGAGGAAGGAAUCACCAGGAACCGUGCCUAAAGACAAAACGAACCGGUGGAGGCUUGCUGAGGGCUGGAUGUCGCUACACACCGAUGCCUCGUUCCAUGCCCCUCACCUGCCUACUAGCUAUGGUGCACAAUGGAGAGUGGAUGGGAGGCUUUAA